UUGUUUGCGGCAAUCGAACCUAACCUUAAAAAACGGCCACCGUCAGAGGUCGGCCGUGGCGACGAGCGACGACAACGAAACGACACAAUUUUUGGCGGCCUAUAAAUAACGCGAAUAGAAGACCAAAGCAAAAGUGGAGACCGACGCCGACGCUGUCGUUGUGCUGCGCAGGGCUGCUGUGAACCGUUUCGAAAGUGAUAUCGAUAUAUCGCCAGAGAGGGAGCCGCCGUGCAGUUAUGUGGCACAUUGUUUCCACUGCUCCGAUGCGAAACGCCGUUUCACGUUUGCUCAUCCAUCAAAAGCAUCCAGCCACAGUAUUGGCAACAAGCCUCCCCCGAAAUUAUGGCCGGGGGCGACAUUGGAACAAUUUUUUGGCGAAAAUGUUUGGCAAAUAUUUGGCCGUUACGAAUAUUGUGGGGUCCGGACUUCUGCUGGUGGCCGGCGACGCAGUCACACAACAAUAUGAAAGAGCCGUUCAUAAGAGAUUGUUCGACUUUCACCGUUCGGGAUGCAUGUUCCUAACGGGUUUGGCUGUUGGCCCAGUGCAGCAUGCAUUCUACAGUCACCUAGAUGUAUACCUGCCGGAUUCGAAACGUAUUACUGCAGUGAAGAAGAUCUUUUUCGAUCAGAUGUUCAUGUCGCCAACAUAUAUAUUUCUGUUCUUCUAUGUAUCCAGCCUGCUGGAGGGCAAAACAAUCAAGGAGUCCAAUGCAGAAAUUCGCGAGAAAUUCCUAUACACCUGGAUGAUCGACUGUUUGAUCUGGCCAGCAGUACAGUACCUGAAUUUUCGCUUUCUCAAUCCCAGGCAUCGUGUGGUCUUCAUAAACGUGACCAACUGUAUGUACAUAGUCCUGCUCUCUUAUAUAAAGCACGAUUGGGCCCUCCAUAAUCAAAAUCCUGAAAUAAAAGAAAAAUCCGACUAGAAUCCAUACAUCGAUUGCCCCCUCACUCAUCGAUUUUCAUUUCAAAUCAACCCUUAACAAUGAUAGAAAUCA